UUAAUUUUCUUGUGUGUUUUUCAGAAAAAUAUUUCCAACGAAUUUGUUGCAUUCAAAUAAUGAUGCAGCAUGCGAGCGUUUUGUACUGUCAGCGCGCCAUUAGAAGUAUGCGCGUCCUCGGCCGAACAGCUAUCACCGGGCUCACGAUUUUUAGCUCUAAGGCUCUUAGGCCAUCAACAACCCAAAACUUUAUACUUCCUAGUCGAUGCAAAGAGUCGAGUCAGAGAAGUGUAUACACAAACAUGUCUACAUUUUGCCACACAAGGCAUGCUCGAUACCGAACUAUUCGGUUUAGCGGUAUUGAUAGAUGGCGAAUACAUGUUUGCCGAUCCCGAGAGCAAGCUCUCCAAAUAUGGUCCAAAAAGUUGGCGUUCCUCACACACUCAUGGUCUAGAUGCCAAUGGGCGACCGCUCUUAGAAUUACAUUUUCGGGUGCAAUUCUACAUCGAGAGCCCGUUUAUGUUAAAAGAUGAAACCACCCGUCACAAUUAUUAUCUACAAUUAAAAUACAAUGCCCUACAGCGAGACAUACCCCGUGAAUAUGCCGAACAAUCAAUGAUUUUAUUAGCUGGUCUAGCGUUGCAAGCUGAUCUUGGCGAUGCACCCUGUAUUGGUAGUAAUAAUAGUAACAGUAGUGGUGGCAGUGGCAUUGUGAGUGGUGGGGGUGCGAGUGAGGCGAAAACAUCGGGGGAUUUGAGUGAUAGCGGCAAAGGGUUGGAUGUUGCCGGUGGAGAGCAGAAAGUUGGUAAAACUGUAUCCGCAACAACAUCAUCUUCAUCGUCAUCAGCAGCAGCAACUACCACAUUACCAAAGAUUAGUAAACGUGCUAACCUGGUAAAUGAAAGAGUGUUACGUUUAUCUAGCUAUAUGGCUUCGACGCGGGAGAAUGUUAUGGGUAUGGAUGGUUUGAAGCGUGUACUAGGAGCAGCUAAAACACCGUUGUCACCUUCAUCAUCUUCUUCCUCAAUAAGUCGUGGACCCAGUAAUGCUUCUACUAAUGCUUCUGUUUCCACUAAUGCCAGCUCUUGUAAUGAAUAUUUUCGUUUGGAAGAUUAUCUUCCAGAACAUCUAAGAACCGCCUGGGCUGCUAGUGCCUUAAGGGCUUGUCAUCGUGAAAAUCGUGGUCUUUCACAAGCCGAUGCUGAGUUACAUUAUAUACAACAAGCCUGUCUAGUGCAUGAAUGCAUUAAUGCCCAUACAUUUCGUAUGCGCAUGAGUAAAAGUGAAUUGGGACCGGGAAAUUCAUGGUUUGUAGUUUAUGCUAAGGGUAUAAAAAUAUUCGGCGCUGGUACUGGACCUGAUGGACAACAACAGCAAAUAACUUUCCUAUGGCCCAAUAUAACCAAACUAUCGUUUGAGCGCAAAAAGUUUGAAAUCAGAUCAGGAGAAAGUAAAAUCACCCUCUACGCCACCUCGGAUGAGAAAAAUAAAAUGCUUUUGACACUAUGCAAAGAAACUCAUCAAUUUAGUAUGAAAAUAGCGGCCCGACUAAAGGAGGUCAUUAAGCGUGAGGAGGAGGAAAGUAAUUGUUUGCAUGCUUGCUAUGUUUAUUCGCGUAGUCUGCAUCUGCCAACAUAUAAAAGUAAAAACGAUCAAAGAAUAUCGGUUAUAUCCAGCACUAGUUCGAAUACUACCUCGGGUAUAGUCAGUGAUCGCGUGCACUCGGAAGAUGAGCUAGAAAUAAUGAUUAAUACACCACCGGCCCCCAUAGCUGCUCCUUCCACCGAGAGUUUAGCGUUGGCUCAUUUAUUAGAUCGCCCUAGUGUAAGUAGACAAACCUCUUCAGUGGGCCAGGUGUCUCUAAAAGAUUUGGAAGAACAAUUGGCCGCUUUAACGGUAAGACAACAACAGCAAAGUCAACGUAAUUCUCCCACGGAGUUGAGUAAUACAUCCUCAACGGGUAAUUCCACCUCAACUAGCGGUUCUUCUAUACCCAACUCCUCAAAAGGUCAGCGUAAUAACACGGACUCCUCAACGGAUUCACCUUCGUCACAACAUAACAUUGGUUCUCAAUGUUCAUCGACCUGCAGUACGGUGGUAGUGGCUUCAUCUACAAAUGAUAACAACACCUCUCUGGCUACUUUGGCAGUAAGAUCUAAUUUAAACACUUCCGAUUCCUCGCACCAAAGGAAAAAUUCCACUUCCUCCAGCUUGGAAUUGGGUUUUAGUCACACGGCUCAAAAUUCCACUCUUAGCGAACCAGAUUCAUCUUGUAUAGAUCAUGAUUUUAUAACAUCCACACGUGACGAAACUGAAAGUGUUUCGGGUGUUUAUACUUUGGUACAUGCUGUAGCUCCCACGGAGACUUCUGGCGUCUAUACAAUGCACAGCAGCGAAAUGACGGGACAAUCAUCAGAAAUAGCCGAGUCGGAGAAAAGUUCUCAUUAUGGCAUAUUCCAACCCUCACAGAGUAAAAUCAGUGAGGAGCAUUUACGUUUGGAACACAAUAAACUGCAAGAUUCAGUAGAUGGUGGCAACUAUCAUCAUGGCAAACGUAUGAAAAAUAUAGAUUUCCGCUUGAGAUCAGAUUCAAAUAUAAGUACUACCGAUUCUUUUCGUGGUGAUGGUAGUGAUCCGGCUGAUGUGAAGCAUACUUUGUUAUCAGCAGAAGAACUAACCGAUUUGAUAGUGGGCCGCGGUUCUUAUCCUAAUCGUAAGACAGUAUCGAGUACAUUGGACUCGGAUUGUGAUUACGUGACAUUACCCUUGUCUAUGACUGGAGAAUCUUAUAUACAAGGACAUCAAGAUACCGCACCCACUGAGGAUCAUGUGGAGGAUUUAAUAAGUGAUUUACUGCCCACAGAUCCGCCGGCACCACCCAAACGAGUAGACAGCAAUAUGCCCAAUUUAACUAAUAUUAGAACACGUUCACCACCACCCUAUAACGCCCGACACCAUAAAACUGGCCUUUGUGGUCCACCCAUACGCUCCACUAUUUCUAACAAUAGUCCCCCAGCUGUGAACAAUACACCACUAAAUUUGCCUGUUAUUAAAUCUACAAUCCCUAAUCAUGUGCCAUUAUCGUUAACAGAUACAAAACCGUUAGCAAAACCGUUGCUUAUAGCGAAACCUCCCACGCCACCCAUACAGCCACCGGUCAUCAAACGCCGAGAUCCACCACCUUAUCCGGCCGCUUCUAAACCCAGACCAACUUCUCUAAUAUCCGUGGCUUCUUCCACGUCAUCACUUAAUCAGCCGGGCUCAAAUGUUUUCACAAAUGUAGGCGGUUCUAUGACUUCCUUAAAGUCUGAGGAGAUAAUAGCACGGUUUAUAACCUCCAGGCCACAAAUUAAUAUACAAAAGGCUCAAACCUUUUUAGUAAAUGAAAAUACCAAACCCAGCUAUGCAACGCCCACAAACAGUUCAUUGGCGGGUUCCUCAACGGGUUCGAUAUGUAGCCAUCAUAUACCCAGCCAUUUAUCACAACAUUCGGUGCCUAAUUCCAAUUAUGUAUCGGGGUCACAGGCAUCUCUGAAUCUGCAUCAUCCGGUAAACUCCACGCCCACAACUCCCACGCAACCGACUAACAUGUCUCAUACAACAAUGAGUGGUCAUCAUCAUGUAACCACAGGCGGUGUUUUAUCAAAUCAUUUGGGCAUACCCAUGGUAUCCUAUAGUCUACAUGGCGCUCACAAGAGUAUGUCUUCUUUGCAUCAACAACAGCAACCACCUCCGCCACCGCCUCCUUUUCCCGCGGAGCUUAAACAGACAGCCCCUAGAACGUGUGUCUUAUUGCCGGUCAUAAAACCCAGGCAAUACUUACCGCCUCCACCACCCAGUCUACCAAGACAACCGCCACCACCACCACCCAAUCAACUGGCGGGUAUCUAUUCCAGCCCUUUGGCACGCAAACAACUGGAACUCUAUCAACAACAACUGUACAGUGAUGUGGACUAUGUUAUAUAUCCUCUACAGGAUCCAGCCGUCAGUCAACAGGAAUAUCUAGAUGCCAAACAGGGUUCUAUACUCGCAGCAAUGGCUCAGACACCACCACCUCCCCAUGCGCAUCACCAUCAUCAUCCCUAUUUAGCGGCAUAUCAUCAUGCAGCCGCUUCUCAAGCCUGGGAAGCUUGUAAAGGUCAUGCUAUCUAUCGUAGCACUCCCUAUUUACCACUUGCGCUCUCCACGCAUUCACGUUAUGCCUCUACGCAAAAUCUCUCCGAUUCCUAUGUCCAACUGCCGAGUGCCUAUUCACCCAUGUAUAGCCCCUCAAUGGCCAGUAUUUGUUCUUCGUAUGAACCACCACCGCCACCGCCUCUGCAUCCGGCACAUUUGCAUGCAGCCGCAGCUGCUGCAGCGGUUAAUCCAACACCAGCACCUCUAUUUGCACGAUCACGUUCAGACGAUAAUAUUCUGAAUACGCUCGACUCGUUGCCGAAGGUGAAACGUCUACCACCGCCUCCACCACCGCCCUAUGUGGAUAGACGACUAAAGAAACCACCAAUGCCGGCACCAACGGAAAGACCGCCUCCUAUACCUUCUAAGCCCAUACCUAGCAUGAGCAGUGCCUCCAUAAGCAUUCCAAAUGAAUCAAUUGUCACAACAACACGAAGUCAUUUGCCACCACGAAAACCUAUUACCUUAAGUGUACCGCGCAAUGGUGCCAUUCAUAUGACUAAAACUUCAAGUGGAGCACAAUGGGCUGGAGAACGUCCUAAAACAGACAUGUUGCUAGGGCGUCCCACACAAAAUACCAAUAUACUGGCCCAACUACAAGCUUCAGCGGCGGCCGCUAAACAAAAUCAAUUAAAUUCCAAUAACACAAAUGGUUCAUCGAUAUCCAGCAGCAACAACACACCCACACCCAAUGAAUUUGAUAUUGCUCUAUUAAGAGAGAAAAGUAAGCAUUUAGAUUUACCUUUAAUAUCGGCACUCUGUAAUGAUCGUUCCCUAAUCAAGCAAACAAAAGUUCUGGUAAAUCAAAGUAGACCUAGACCGGGACUAUGUAAUACAACCCUAAGUGGUACUAGCUCCUCCAACAGUCCCACAUUCUCCAACAAUUCAACAGCAUCAGCAGCAAACUCGAAUACUUUAAAUAAAUUACCUUUAUCGAGUUUAAGCCUUAGCCACAAUAAUGGCAACAACCCAACAACCAUGAGCUCAACAUCUUCGUCUAAUUUGACUACUACAACAGCAACAACAGCUGCCACAUCUGCUACAUCCUCUAGCAAACUAUUAGCUUCAACCGUAGCCGCCAAAACACGUAAAACAUCUAUAAGCCAUCGUCAUCCCAAUGAUAAAUUGCCUCCUUUACCCAUGCAAUUGGCCGAGGCCAACAAUUAUGUUAUGGAUCCAGCAAUAUUAAAACAUCAUAAGAGCUACAAUUCUCAUACAUAACAAGAAAACACUUGAAAAAAGAAGAAAAAAAAAACGGUGGCAGUACGAACAGCAAUUUUCGUCCUUUAAAUAAACAUGUGAAAAUAUUACCAUAAAUAUUGAAAGGUAUUCGUUUUCGUUAAUAGUAAAUAUAAAGAAAAAAUAUCGUCAUCUCUGAACCUCUGAAAUCCUCUUACACUCUACAACCAAUGGAUAUACAAAUAUUUCCAGGCACUAAACUAAAAUCAGUAUUACAAAAGUAAGUUUUUACGUGAAAAGAUAAAAAUCUAAAAAAAAUUUUAAAAUGAUUUAUUUUGAGUAAAAAAAAUGUUUAAAAAGAAAUUGUAAAUUUUAUAUAAAUUCUCAUCACUUAAAGAAAAUAUUUGUGGUGGAAAUUAUCAAGAUGUUUUUACUAACUUUAAACCAGAAUUAUUAAAAAAACAAAGAAAAUAUUAUCUAAUUUAAAAAAUAAAAGUGAAAAACGAGAGCAAGUCAGUUGAUAAGUAGAGGUUUUUGUGACGAUUCUUUAGGUGAGCUAAACGAUAUAGUUUUGUUUUCAAUUUAAGGUGACGGAAAUUGUCAAGGGUGUUACGAGGAGAUGAAUAUUUGUUUAGAACUGAUAACAGCAGAGGUAGAGAGAGAGACAAAUGCUGUUGUUAAAACGGGUUGUUCUUCCCUGGGGAAAAAAACUUCUCAUGAUACAGCUGUUGAUACUAAUGUGAAAUCUAACAUACAUGUAUGAGCUUACUAUGUGUGAAAAGUAACAAAGAAUAAAGGCUUUCUGUUCUUAACAGUUCUAGAACAAUAACUGAAGGCCGAAAUAUCGAGAGAGAGCCAAAUUAGUUCAUUUACUAGUUUUCUUUUUUCUCUUAUUAGUUUGCCUUUACUGAAAGAGCGUAUUUAAUGUGUUGCUCAUGAAACAUAUUUUCAUUUAUUAUUUUUAAUACCACUAUUUAGUUUGUUACUUUUGCUAUGCAAAAUCUAGUUUUUUAACAUUUGCUGUGCAAAAUUUUUGAAAUAUUUUUUUUUUUUUUUUUUUUUUUAACUUUGAAGUGUGUUGGCGGAGUUAUUAAACUCACAAACUGCCAGGUUAUCCCACAAAAAUAAAAAAGUUAUAUCAUUGAAUCAUCAUAAUCAAAAAAAUUCCAGAGUUUUAAUGGUCUCCACCAGUUUAUAUUCGAGUUUAAAUGGUCUCCACCA